GCGGACACGGACCGGGGGCGACCCCGGGAUUUGGAGCAAUAGGAGGCCCAAAGCAAAUGCACGGCAGCAGCGCCAAUGGCCAGGGAGGUGCCAUCCGGGUGCUAAAGAGAAAUAUGAAGCGCAGUGGAAGCAGAAACUGUUUGAACCAGAAGAGUUGCCUUGGCUCUCGUGAGCGAGAAUGGCUGCGAGAAGAUCCAAACAGAGGCUGCGUCUAUGUGUAUGGAACAGACACCAGUGCUUCCAGCCCUGAUCUUCUUGUAGUCCUUUGCACAGUGGAAACCUCUGUAUCAGAGAUCUGUGCUAGUGAGGGGAGAGAUGGCCUUUAUAUUCAGCUCAAUGGAGAUCUUGUCAGGAGGCUGGAUCCUCAGGAGCGACCGUUGCACAUGAUAUAUAAAUACUUAGCUGCUCUGGGCUUUCAAGAUGCCCUGCGGAUCCAAGAGGAAGCAGCUUACUCAGACCUAAGCUGCAUGAUCCGGUUCUAUAGUGGUAAAUAAAAAAGGGGGGUUUGCCACGUGCAGUUCUUUACUACCUUUUUUUUUUUUUUUUUUUAAAAAAAACCAAAACAUUUGUCUGAUGCUCAGUUAUACCGUUCAUUAUCGCCUUGGAUAAAUAGAUGACUUUUAUUGUUCAAGCCUCCUUUGCGAUUACAAGGUUGCAGAUAAGUGAAAAGAUUGCUGUAUUAGCCAUAGUUCCAAUGGUGAUUCUUCCUAGAGCCCACGAUUAAUGAUUUCAACCCUAAUGGUGGCCAUACACCUUACAGUUAUGAUCAUGCAACCGUUGGUCAUACGAUCAACAAGACGUCUGAUUGACGAGACGACCGAUAUCCAAACCCUUGCUGAUAUCAGUUGCCUCGUCUCCCAACAGACACGCACCCAAUAUCUUAUGAAAUAACACCAACAGAGGGGGUGGGGCCAGAAAAAUUGUCUAAAAGAAUGCCACAGAGGGGGAAAUUUUGCAUCUUAAGGUUGUGUGUGGGGCAAUAAGCUAGGAAAGAGCCUUGCAGGCUCGAAACCUGUUGUGUUGAAAUAAAUGCUUUUGAGCACUUAAUUCCUGCUAAA